AGACAAACACGGAGCACUAUAGGAGAGAGAGAGAGAGAGAGAAAGAGGGAAUAGAAGAGAAAGAUAAAUAAAGAUUCAAGGACGUUUAACUAAAUCAUUUAGUAUAGAAAACUUUUUGACACACUUAUUCAGCGAUGGAGGGAGACGUGGAUGAAGAUGACGGGACUUUUAUUAACAUCUCACUAGCUGAUGAUACAGCUGAAGGAGAACCAACAGUAGUGCGAUUCAGAAUAGAAGACCAAUACAGAACCAUGAACUGUGAGAUUGACGGAGAUAUGGAGAAUCAGGUUGAGCAGGAAGAGAAGACCAGGCUUAUUAACCAAGUGCUGGAGCUUCAGCACACACUUGAAGAUCUGUCUGCGCGUGUGGAUGCGGUAAAGGAAGAGAACCUUAAGCUCAAAUCAGAGAACCAGGUUCUUGGGCAGUACAUUGAGAACCUCAUGUCCGCCUCCAGCGUGUUUCAGACCACCGAUACCAAAAGCAAACGGAAAUAAGAGAUCGUUGGAUCCUGUCUACAUAGUUCCUCAUCUCUUCAGCAUUCAUACAUAAUAGCCAGAACAUAAGCCGCUGUUUGUUUUGUAUUUAUUUGGUAUUUUGUUUUACAGUAUACUUAAGCAUCUAUCAGCAUGGUAUGGUUAUUACUUGAAUGGGCUAAACAGACUGUCCUUUAGAGAUGGGGGAGGAGAACCCCCUGCGAUAUUGUUUUCAUGGUAAGCAUAUCAACAUAUGCUUGAUUUUGUUUGACCAAAAUCUAAACGCUCAGAUAAUAUAACUUAGCAAAGCACUGAAGUCUAGUGUUGUUGAGUAAAAAUAAGAUUACAAUUAGUCAGUUGUAAGACUAACCAUGAAUAAUCAAAGUAUUAAUGUGACCAGGAUUAGGCCGAUUUCCAUCCCUUUGGCUAACAGUGUUACAAGUUGGGAAAGAAUGCACAAAGCAAUGUGUGAUCAGAUAAGUACAGAGCGUGUGUUGUUGCGCCUUCUGUUCUGUAUAAUGAAUUUCAUGAAUGAACCAAUUUGAGACCCUCACAUCAACAUUCAAACCUUUUAGAGAGAAAAGCGACAAAAGCGUAUUUUUUUCAUUACAGUUUGAUGUAAACGACAAUGCUGCAUAAAGCACAUACACAUCUGAUGUGUAUUAUGGUGUGCACAGAGAUGAUCACUUGAAAGUGCAUGACAUCCUUUAAUUAUGUUUUAUGCAUGGUUUUAAAAAAAAGAGAAUGGAUAAAUGAAUGUGUCAGUAACACUCAGCCCAUAUGCCAUUUACCUGUACUUUAUAUUCUUCAAGUCUUUGAUAUUUGGAUGUACUGUAGAAACUUUUCUAACUAGUGCACAAAUGUGUGGGAUCAGUAGAUUGAAAUGGCUUGUGAUGUAAACUGCAGCACUAUGUUGGAGAAGACACUAUUCAUGCUUGAAUCUAUAAGAUCAAGGGACCCAAAUAUUGGAAGUAAAUGGACUGUCUGGCUUUUACUGUUUGUAGUGAGGUUGAGACUGCUGAGUGAAAUUGAUCAGAGUGAUCUGAAAGCUACGGAAGCCCAUUCUGCCCCAUAAAAAUAAAAACAAUGCUUUGGUAACUAUUAAAAUGAUUUUAGACUGAUUAAAAGUCUGUGAUUUCAGAUGUUUUACUCAUAAUUAACUUGUAUCUCAUACUAAAGAAUUUUUUCUAAAACAAUCUUUGAAUGUGGUGGAAAUGGGCUUAACCUCAGGAAGCGUUCUGCUGGUCGAGUGACAUUUAUAAAUACAGAUGCUCUUUGCUCAGAUUUUGCUAAUGUGAAACAUCUGUCAGUAUAAAUACAAAGAACACAAAAGGAUCUGCCACAGAUACCGGCUGCGACACUACUACAUCAUUUUUAUUUUUCGUAAUUUAUGUUUGCAAGCACCCAAUGUAAGAUACUGCCUGUUCUGAAAGUGUACAUUUUAUUUUGUUACGAUUAUGCCUUUAUUAAAAUAAUUUCCCUUUGCAUA